GACACUCGCGCAGACUACGUCAUCAAAACGCGCCGAUUAUUCUCGUGCAACAGUCACGCAGCGUUAGUGAGUCAGCCAGCUUCAAAUGCUAGUUUGUUGCAAAUGGUGUUAAAAUGCCUAUGAAAGGAAGAUUCCCGAUUAGGAGGACGCUGCAGUAUCUCCAGAAAGGCGACAUAAUCUUUAAAAACCGAGUGAAGAUCAUGACUGUAAAUUACAACACGCAGGGAGAGCUCAGCGACGGAGCAAGGAAAUUCGUGUUCUUCAACAUUCCUCAAAUUCAGUACAAAAACCCGUGGCUUCAAAUAAUGAUGUUCAAAAACAUGACGCCGUCGCCAUUUUUGAGAUUUUAUUUGGAUGACGGCGAACAGGUGCUGGUGGACGUGGAAGGCAAGGAGCACAAAGAGAUUGCAAAACACAUCAGGACCAUUUUGGGCAAAUCCCAGAUGAUGUUGGAGGCAGAGGCACAAGCAAAGAUGCAGGCUUCCAACCCUGCCAAUUUUGGCCCAAAGAAGUACUGUCUGCGGGAGUGCAUCUGUGAGGUGGAAGGUCAGGUGCCCUGUCCCAGCACCACGCCAUUGCCCAAAGAGAUGACGGGCAAGUAUCGUGCCCAGAUGAGAGCGGCACAGGAGUAAAGAAGAGCAGACUUUUCCUUAUCACAAAUAUGUGAAGCGUUUGUAUUUGGCGGUGAAGAAUCCGGAAAGAUGCAAGGACAUAAGAGUGUGACCCUCAUCAAUACAGGACUUCCCUCAGAAUGGAUAUUUCAAAACCUAAAGACAGAGAGAGGCCCGACUGGAUUUGAAAUGCAUCUUAUGACACACCGUGUCGAACAAAAUAAUGAUCACACACACGUGAAAUCAACAUUUGACUUGUUUACUUGUGCUUGGAUGAUAAUAAACGGUCCAAAAUGUCA